AUGCUAGCUACAGCCUCCACUCAAGAACCAACUACAGCCUCAGUGCAACCUACAGCCUCCAUAGAACAACCAACUACAACGUCAACGGAAAAGCCCACUACAACGACUAUUUCUACUCCAGCAACACCGCCAAAGACAACGACUAAACCUUCGUCAACCACUGAAGUUUCAGCGACAAAUCAACCAACACCGUUACUAACGUCUGUGGCAACUAUAACUUCCACAGAACAACCAAUGACAACUUCUGUAUCAGCUGAAACCACCACAGAAGUGCCAACCACAACGUUAACAGAAAAGCCAACCGCAACGACUAGUUCAAUUCCAGCAACAAGACCGAAGACAACGACCGAAAUUUCAUCAAGCACUGAAAACAAAGUGACACAACAGCCAACACCGUUACUUACCUCUGAGUCCGCUAUAGCAUCUACAGAUGAAUCAACUACACCCUCUGCAUUAGCUACAACUACCAAAGAAGAGCCUACCACAGCGUUAACAGAAAAGCCUACUACAACGACUAUUCCAACUCCAGCAACAAGACCAAAGACAACGACUGAACUUUUAUCAACUGCUGUGUCUGAUACAACCUCCUCAGACCAGCCAACUACAACGUUAACAGAAAGGCCUACCACGACGACCAUUUCGACUCCAGCGAUAAGACCAACGACAACGACUGAACCUUCGUCAACAACCAAAGAUGAAGGAACACAACAUCCAGAGACAACAACGAUGCCACCCACCAAGCCUUCUACAAUAAACAAAGAGACGACACCAUAUACGGAGGCCACAUCAGGAGAUGACGUCAUAUUGUAUGCAGCCAUUGGAGGGUCUCUUGGGGGAUUUGCACUCAUCCUUGUGAUCCUGGUCGUCUGUAUCUGCUGCAGAAGACGCAAAAGGAGUGGAAAAAGGACCCUUCAACACGAGAAUGUGGGGCUGAAUGAAGUGGAGAAGGCAAACAAAGACAUGUUAGACCUACACAAUCCGGCUUACAAUAGUUGAGCCAAUUUGGAGUGAAGAAGAAUUUGAACUGAGACGACCAGCAUAUGCAAGAUUUUGUUGUUUUUGUACGCUAUCCAAAUCUUGUGUCAAGUAUUUGACGUGACACCAGAAGGUAUUUGCAGUUUUGUACAGAUUUACGUAUUUACCUCAUAAAUAUCUUUGAAUAUAACGUUACCUUCAGAAGUUAUUUUUGUUGUCAAUGGGACUCAGAUGUUGACAUUGUGUUUUGUAUGAAAGAAAAAUAUUGUCGGAAUUAUAAAUUGAUAUGUAUGUUUGCAUUAUAUAAGUUUUCAAACUUGACAGGAACUGGCCUUGCUAAGAGUCAGUUCAAACGAUUAAAAUCAUAUUCAAAAAUAGUACCGUGUGGAGUAUUCAUGUAUGCAUUAAAUGUCUUUGUCCUA